AUGGAGUCUCUGUCGUCAAAUGCUGCAUUGGAGGGGGGUCGUGACAAGAGGGAAGCAACGCAUGAGGCGGAUGCGCAUUUGCUUCUGCCCAACAGGCGCACGUGGCUUGAAAGCUCGCCUCUACCGGCAAAGCAUCAGUUUUUCUUUCCUAGCAACCGCUCCAGCGCCAGCACCGCCCCUCCCAACGGGUCUGCAUCGCCUGUGAAGGCGGCACCGGUAACAAAACAAGUGGAGGGCGGUGCUGGGACAGACGCGAUGCGAAAAGAGCUCAUCCGCCUGUACGACAGCAAUGCGGAGCUUCGGGAACAAGUGGAAAAGUUGCAGGCAUGCCUCCAUCAUAGAAAAAUGGUGUUGGCCAAUGAGUUCGAAUGGAAUUGCUGCACGCACCUUGCCGAGCUGAGGGAAGCUCUUAUGGCGGAGAGGCUUCGGUGUGAAGAAAAGGAAAGAAUCAUCGCCGCCCUUCGGGAGGAGUUAUCCGCAGCAAAUCAGGCGAUUGAGUUUCUUUCCAGAACUCAGAAAGUCCCCUUGAAGGAAAGUGCAGGCACUCGUUUUCAGGGGCGGUUAUUGGAUGGGUGGGAUCGCUCCAGUUCAUUGGUAACCCAGGAUGACCCUCAGAUUGUCUUAGAGGAGGAAAUGGCGGCACUGCAAGCGAGGCUGCAUAGAGAAAAGGAAGAACAACAACAAGGAGAAAAAAGUGGUACCGGUUGUCUUUUGGAAAAGCAAAUAGGAGCAGAAAACUUUUCCUGGAGUCGAAGUCAUUCUGGGCUCUUUCCGACGCCGAACAGUUCCUUCGGUGCUGGUAAUGGCGCUGGGAAGAGGACGGUAGUGACGGGAGCAAAUAAUUGUCAGCGGCACACCACGUCACCCACAUUAGCCACAUUGGAUUCUUCUGAGCAGACGUCAACGCUGUCGAAGCGCACGGCGCGCACACCGCCGGCGUCCUCGAGCCGGGCAUUUGUUCCACAGACGCUAGCGGAUAUCAACACACUCACGGUGGCAACACCAUUCAAGACGGAGGCGGAGCCGUGGUACGAUGAGGAGGAAGUGAAGGAAGUUGUGUCUUUUUCUCGGGCAUCGAGGCUGAGAGUGGCGAUGUCGCCAAGGCGUUUUCUGCGCCCGAGCAACGUGAAGACAUUAUCGCAAUAA